GGGCCGUGGGCUGGUGGCCCUGACGGUAACUGCGCUGUGACCUUGAGCGGGCCGACGGCCCAGCGGGCGUUGACCCCGAGGUUUCCCGUCGGAACCUUCGGCCCUGCUCAGCCGCCGCGGGGGCCGGGCCACAAGACCGAGGCGUGAUGUACUCCGGCUUCCGUUCCGGGGGGGAGCAGGGGAAGGUUGGAAGUGUGUGCCCCGCCUCCUCUGCGGACUCCCAGGCAGGGGGUGGUGCGCGGUGUCCUAGCUCCGGGCAGAAACCCGCUAGGGGGUCCCGGAAGGUCCGCUUCGUUCCUCGCGAAGGUUUCCUCUUCCGCCAGUCGCCGCACGAGGCCCGCCCCUCCCGCCGCCGGAAGAAGCCGUUGCCCGGAGCAACUGUAACGUCCGGCUUUCGGAGUUUGGCGGCGGGAAAGGCCAUGAGUAAAGGCCGGGCUGAAGCGGCGACUGGCGCCCCCGGGAUCCUCCUGAAGUACCUGCAGGAGCAGAACCGGCCCUACAGCGCCCAGGAUGUGUUUGGGAACCUGCAGCGGGAACACGGGCUGGGCAAAGCGGCCGUGGUGAAGGCGCUGGAGCAGCUGGCCCAACAAGGCAAGAUUAAAGAGAAGAUGUACGGCAAGCAGAAGAUCUAUUUUGCGGACCAGGACCAGUUUGACACGGUGAGUGAUGCUGACCUCCAAAGCUUGGAUGCCAAAAUCGUGACCCUCACUGCCAAGGUGCAGAGCUUGCAGCAGAGCUGUCGCCAAAUGGAGGCUGAGCUGAAGGAGUUAACUAGUGCCCUGACCACACCGGAGAUGCAGAAAGAGAUCCAGGAGUUAAAGAAGGAAUGUGCUGGCUACACAGAGAGACUGAAGAACAUCAAAGCAGCCACCAGCCAUGUGACCCCGGAGGAGAAAGAACAGGUGUACAGAGAGAAGCAGAAGUACUGCAAGGAGUGGAGGAAGCGCAAGAGGAUGGCAACAGAGCUGUGUGAUGCAAUCCUGGAAGGGUACCCCAAGAGUAAGAAGCAGUUCUUUGUAAGUGGUUCUCUUGUUCUUCCUUGCUCCCCUGGGGUUCCGCCCAAAGAGGUCUCAUUCACUUGUCUCAUUGCCCCACAGGAGGAAGUUGGGAUAGAGACAGAUGAAGAUUAUAAUGUCAAGCUCCCAGACCCCUGAGGGCCCCCGUGGUAGGACGGGUGAUGGGGACGGAGUCUCAGACUGGCUGCCAGCUUUUUUAUUGUUGCUGCUGCUUUCAGCCUUUGAGCAGGGCAGCUGGGAGAGGGGCAUAAGCCAGAGUGUUAGGCAGAGCGGGAGGGGAAGGAGUGCUGUCAUCCAGAGUCGAUGGGUACACUCAUUUACAUGGUCUAGAAUGUAACACUUAGACUUGGAACAAAACUAAAGGAAAGCAUUUGGCAAUAUUUAUUGUAAUAUAAUUUGAUAUAAAAAUAUUUAAUUUCCUCUAGAUAAUCAAACCUCCCAGAUAACAAAUCUGAGGAAGGCAAAAGGGAAGUUGGGGGACAAAGGUAGAGAGAGGCUAUUAUACACAGCAUUCAAGGAGUCCAGGGCUGCACCCCAGACUCUCUUGGGUUCCAUAUACCUCAGGCCUUCACCCACCCCCAAGUUCUGGCAGAAAUGUAAGCAGCACAUGAAAGAUGGUAGAGACCCAGAUACAUCUGACAGAAAGCUGGCGGUGGUUUUAAGGCCCAGCUAAUUUUUUUAAAAUUGUAAUUUCAGCAAAACUUUUGUUGGUAUUUAGAAAAAUAAAAACUUUUGUCACAUUUGA